GGCGUCCUUCCUGCUUUCUUCAGCUCCCCUCUCCGUCCCCCCACAAUUCCUCCCCUUGGAUCGUCCGAGUACCCCUCCCUGUAAUAUGGCUGACUUACAGGGAUUUGUGUGCCUUCCCUCAUCGACAUCCAGUGCGACAUCGUUCAGUGUUUCCCGUCCCCCGUCCCCCGCCCUCGCCCCUCGCUUUUCUUUGCCCUUGCCACCACCACCGUCGGAGCUAACGCGUCGACAUCCUCUGGAUUGCUCUCGAUUUGCACCGAUGCUCAAGAGAGCUUCGAACCAUUGCUGACCACAGCUCGCGACUCUGUCCACCCGAUCCAAACCUACCCUCCUUCUCACACAUCUCCUAUGUCCUAUGGUGCCUAUCGGUGGCCCAUCGCCGUCGCAUAGCGCUCAGGUGACUACUGCUCAUGCGCAACAAGCAACCUCCAUCGACCAUUAUUCUUGGUACCCAAGGCCUCCUACGCACACCCCUUCAUCCCGCCAGACCUUCUAUCAGCGCAUACAUCAGAAAGCAGGGGCUGCGACGAGCUGCAAGAGCGCAACAGGCACUACCCGACCCCUUGAACACGUACAAGUCCACCUGUACUCUUGCUGCUCACCCUCUCGCCGCGUCUCGAGCUGCUGCGAUUUAUCGGGCGAACUGGCUCCUCUCAACUUUGCCCGAGCAUUUGUAGACUUCAACUUGCGUACUCACUCGGCAUCGGUAAUAUCCAUUUGCCGACUCAGCGCGUGAGGAUCGUUUACUUGUAAUUCCCCACCUUACUCUGCACACUGGAUUCAUUCCCCUCCUACAAACAUGAUUAGUUCAUCG